GCAGGUCGGGAAGUGCGGAGAGAGGAGGAGGAGGAGGAAGAUUCAGGAAAAGGCAGGAGCGCGGAAUGAUGGCGGUGAUCGAGAAGAAGGGACAAGUUUGAUAUCGUCAAAGUGCGACAUUGUAGGCGAGCUUUUGGCGCCGACACCAUGAAGCAAGAAGGAGAUGGCUUGGCUGUGAGUGUUUAGCUAGCUGAGACAGCAGGGCUCCAAAGAAGCUCCGCUGAGACCCAUGCCCGCCUUUGCAUUGUAGUUCACCGACCAGUCUCUCUCAAACUGACUUUUCAAAUUCAAAAAUGAUCAAAGCAGAAAACAAAGGGGGUGAGAGAAACCUGAGGAGCGCCUCCCCUCACAGAAAUGCCUACAAGUCCGACUUCCACGCCAUUAAGUGUUCCUUUGAUGGGACAAAAUCUGAAGGAGGUGCCAAGUCAUAUGCAAAUGGUUCCAGUGACACCCGGGAGGACUCCAGAGGAAGACCUUUUGGGACUAGAGUGAACAAGAUAAAGAACAUAUUCCUCCAGAUGGAUGGCCAGCAACAGGAGUGCCAAGAUAUGAAAGGUUCAUCAAAAUCUGAAGUGACACAGGUCUCUCCAGUGAAGCUGCAAUUUUCUGGCAACACACCUAGAGUUAUCUUCAAUAGUGCUACAAGCCCGGAAUCACACAAUUUAGAUAAAACGCCCAAAGGGGACGAUGUUGAGAUUGACAACUUGGCUUUGGCAGAGAAGUUUUCUGUGACGAGAAAGCUCUUUGAAAGGGGGAUCACAGAGCAGCCAGCAUCUGAAAAGCAGUCUCCAAACAGAGUGGUGAGUCGCUUGUCACUCGGUAGUUCUUCCGACGAGGGGAAAAGCACACAGAAAGUACCAGGAACCUCAGAGACUGCCAUUAAAACAGACCAAACGUCUACAUCAGUUAAAUGUCGACCAGAUAAAAAGGCGGAUCUUGAGAAAAAGCAUGUGUCAAGGGCAGCUUUAAAUGCUGGACCCAUCUCUAAGAGGUUAGAGAAUUAUAUGGUAGAAAAUGAGUCUGACGACUGUAACAGAACGGAUGCUAAAGGGGGACUGGUGUCUGCUAAACUGCACAGUAACAGUGAACACUCAGUGCCUUUGUCUCCAACAAGGGAUAGUUUACACAAACCUAAUUCUCUUGCAAAUGAAGCCACUAACAGCCCAAGUUCGCCUAUAUCUGAUGGUGUUAACAGAUCUGCAUCUCAGAUGGAAUCCCUUGUGAACAAGCCCUUAUCCCCUGGGUCCAGUGUUACAUUCAAACCAAACUUGCCGGUUACUAAUGCAGCUCACAAAUCCAUUUCCCCUACAUCAGAUGCCACACACAAACCCCUCUUACCAGAUCAAACAACAAUUAAUCAUGACUACAGGCAGUCCUCCUCAUCUGGAGUUGGUAGCACAUCUGCUGAUGUGGUUGAAGGCAAGACCCGUAGUCCUCUCCCAAGGGAUUCGAAGCAGUUUCUUCCAUUAAGUGAUGGUUUGCAGAAUGCCAGCAGGCCUAAAUAUGUUGACAGAGGCAAGAGGGAUGAACAUUUGGUACAUAGUCCCACUAGGGAUAAGCCAGCCAGCCAGACCUCAUCAGUGGACUCUAGGGGGGUGGGUGUAGUUCGAGCAGAGCGAGUGGUUGUCCAGAAUGAGUCUUCAGAUAGUGAUGAGAAUGUUGACGAUAAUGUGUUCGAGGAGCCACAGGUGGAAAGCUCCCAAGCCUGUCCAUCGCACUCUGAAAGAACAGUGCCACCAGCAAAAACGAACUGUAAACGUGUUCAUCAUGCCGCGGCAAGUGAUGUCACAGAAAGGCAACAAAGUGCCACAGAGACUGUGGGUACAAAUAUCGUUUCGGAAGACAAAGUGCAAACUGGACUGAAAGGGAAAAGAAAAGAAGACAGAUCAGUUGUGAGUGUAGAUGGUGAAAAUAAUCCUGAUGUCAACGAUGAAGUAGCAGAGGAGGAGAACGAGCUGGAGGAGCAAUGUGUUUGUCCAGUAGUGUGUGGUAUAGAAAACGCAGCUUUUGUGGAUGACAGGGAUGUAGACCAUAUCUUCAGGGAAGAGGGUGAUGAUGAAGAAGAUGAGGACCAAAUGUAUAGAUACUUUGAUGACUGUUAUGAGAUUCCUGGUCUGUCAGAUGAAGAUGAACCGCCACCAAAGAGGAAAAUCAAGUUCUGCACAGAACCCAUUCUGGUCUACAGUACCUUCUGCAAUGAGGAAUAUGACCGACGCAAUGACGAGGUGGACCCAGUUGCAGCCUCUGCAGAGUAUGAGCUAGAGAAGAGGGUGGACAAGAUGGAGGUGUUCCCUGUAGAGAUUGAGAAAGGAGACAAUGGACUGGGCAUCAGUAUCAUAGGGAUGGGAGUGGGAGCUGACCAGGGCCUGGAGAAGCUUGGCAUUUUUGUGAAAACCGUAACGGAGCGAGGAGCAGCUGAGAGAGAUGGACGCAUACAGGUGAAUGACCAGAUAGUGGAAGUGGAUGGUAUCAGUCUUGUAGGAGUCACCCAGCUGUUUGCUGCUACAGUCCUGAAGAACACCAAAGGCACAGUGAGGUUUCUGAUUGGCCGAGAGAAGCCAGGGACACAAAGCGAGGUGGCCCGCCUAAUUAGUGAGACAUUAGAGCAGGAGAAGAACCAGCAGCAGCAGCAACAACACCACCUGGAUGAUCCAUAUGAACAUUCCACAGAGGAGGAGGAGCACUAUGAGGAGGACAGAUUUGAUGAAGGCAUUCUGGGCUCCAAUUUCUCUCCAGGGAGGAACGUUGAGGUGUAUGAGCUGCCUGAUUCAGAGGCUAUGUUUACACCGACCAACAUGGACUCCCCUCAAAUGUCCUUCAAGUUUAAAGAACUCCAACUCAAACAUAGCAUUGCUGCAGCUGAAAUAAAUGCACUAAAGGAAAAGCUAAGAGCAUCUGAAAAAGACAGAUCACUGUGGGAAGAGAGGGAGGCUGCGCUGGAUCAAAAGAUCGAGGACAGCAAUGAGAAAAUCCUGAAAUUGGAGAGUUACUGGUCGGAGGCUCAGGAACUGUGUAAGAUUGCCAAUGAUCAGUUAGCUGAGACUCAAACCCAUUAUGAGGCCCUGGAUAAGAAAUACAACAAGGCCAAGAAACUGCUUAAGGACUACCAGCAGAAAGAAAUAGACUUUGUGAAAAAAGAGGAGGAGCUGAAGAAAAUGAUAGAUGAUAAGGACAAGUGGUACCAGGAGCAGCUGGAGAGCUUGCAGAACAGGAUUGCUGUUCUGGAGGCCAGAGACCAUCCAGGUGUGGAAUUACAGACUGGUCAAGAUUCAGCAGUGGAGGAGAACCUGAGCAGCCAAACUUCAGUCACCUGCACUCAGUCAGUUGACUCUCUGCAAGAACAAGACUGGAGUGAGUUGGUCCCAGAGACUGAGCUGUUGGACAUUAGUGCACAUAAAGCAAAAGGCCUCCUGGCUCAGAAGUCCAAACGUCAGCCUCCCUCUCUGAGGAAACUGAAGGAGAGUCUUACAGUGGCUUCCACUUACUCUCAGGAAACUGAAGAGGAGGAGGAGGAGCAAGAAGCUCCUAACAGGAGGAGGUCCAAUCAAGAGAGUCUGUCCCUCCCAGUGUCUCUCUGUUAUCCUGAAAAGGAACAUAAAAAUGAUCCAGAUGAGAUGAGAGAUGGAUCCAAGAGUAAGGCUGAGCUCUCGAGCAACUUGUCUUUGUCACCAUCACAGGGUGACAGUAUUGAAAGCAGUGGAAGCCCCUCAUUGUCCCCCCCAAAAGACCGCUCUUCUCCACACUCCCCCUCCGGGCUGCUACGCAAUGUGAAGAAGAGCGUAUCCAAAGGGAAAGAGUCCAGAGAGGACCUAAAUGAGUCCUCAUCAGCAGGAAAACCCAAAAGAAGAUUUCCUGACUUUGGGGGCCUUAGAAAAUCAGGUGGCAAAGGAAAGAAACAAGACAAGGAGGCACUGAGGAUCUCUUUGGACAGCAGGGGAUCCGCAGAGCUGUUGGAGGAGUCUGAAGGGAACCUUUCUCCAGCAGAGUCCAUGACUGCCAUUCCCACCUGUAUGCCCUUCUCCUGGUUUGGAGACAAAGAGAAGGACAAGGACAGAGACAGAGAGCCAUCAUCUUCCACCAGCAGCCUGCCACAUGCUGCAAAUGAGACCAGUAGUGAGCAAAACCAGGAUCGCAAAAAUAAGACAAAUCUCUUCUGGUCAUCUUUGUUCAGUCGCUCAUUAGAUUUGAGUGUUUCAGUCGUAGAUGAUUCUAACCCUGGCAGCCCCAGUUCAGACAUCUCUGGGUUAGUCGCUGAACCCAAUCUGUCUGGGCGCUCACACACUUUAAUCUUCUCUUCCAGCGAGACAUUGGAUGAUGAACCAGUAGCCACCGGAAAAGAGUAUCAGUGGCAGAACCGGCCCGUGUCUGAAUGGACCAAUCAGCAGGUCUGUCACUGGCUGAUGGGCAUGAAUAUGGACCAGUACACACCAGAAUUUACAGCCAGGGGCGUGGAUGGCCAGCAGCUUCUGCACCUGGACAGCGACAAACUCAAGGCUCUUGGCGUGACCAGUCAAAGUGACCGUUCAACCAUCAAGAAGAAGGUGAAGGACAUGAGGAAGGCUCAGGAGAAACUGGAGAAGCAGAGAGAGAAGAAAGAGAAAGAGAGCCGACGCAGCGGACGACUGCCAGCCAGCAUGGACUCUGUGUGCUGAACUCAACACCUUCACCACAUCGAACCAAAAGAACCUUUUUCUCACACAAUCAGUGCUAUCAUCACUGCUGUCAUGUGGCGUGAACGCCAACAAGCACACAUACUGCAACUGUAGUGCCAGUUGUGAUUUUAUGUUUGUAUUAUACAGCGCUUAUUCCUCUCAAACCUGUUACAUUUUAACAUGCUUGGUUUCAGAGGUGGGAAACAAAAACAUGAGUUUUUUGGUAUGUGACCAAAAAUUAUUACUUUUUUUAAACCACUAUAAAGCUCCAAGCUACUAAAAAAAAAAAAGAGAGAGAGAGAAAAGUCUGAUUUCAGCUAUAAUGUUGAUGAUACACACUUACUGUGGAAGUCAAAUGCAUUUUUCUUCCUGGACAUUUUAUAGUUUUUGCUAGUAUAUCCUGCCAUGUACAACACUUUGACAUGUGUACAGUCAGAUAAAAAGCACUAUAAGCUUCAAUGGGUGACAAGGUUUUAAAUGUGUAAAUGGGGUUUUAUACAUCUGCCUAUUAACUGCAUAACUUUUUAACCACAUCAAUCCUUUUUGUUACUUUAUGUUUUUCUACUAAGUAGAAUAGCGAGGAUAUUUUGCUGAAUGAUAAGCACCACACAGUCCAUGUAGUGACGAGGCGAACGCUGAGUUUCCUGUUGCCAUGGUGUUCCAUGUAAAUACACAUAAUGCAGGGCUGUUAUACACAUACAUCACCGGGCUGCAGAAAGGACGACGUGCCGAUGACGAGGACUCAGUGGAGACAGGAAAUCGUGAAUUUGAGGCCGACCGACGUGCCAAACCCAAGUGCUUCCUCUCAAAUGGAAUGCAUAUUUUGUAUAUUUCAGUGAAGACACGUUGGACUGCAAGAAAGUAUGCAAUCAGAGUGCUUUAUUGGUACAUACUGUAAAGCAGCGUCAUUAAACUUAUUUUCACUUUACA